UAUAUAUAUAUAUAUAUAUAUAUACAUAUAUACAUAUUUAUAGUUUGGAGUCAUUCAUAAAUCAGCCAUGGUUCCCAAGCUUGGUUAUUGGAAAAUCAGAGGCCUUGCACAACCAAUUCGUCUUCUUUUGGAAUAUGUUAGACAAAAUUAUGAAGAGCGUUUGUAUGAAUGGAGUGAGGUUGAUUUCUGGAAAAAGGAGAAAUUCACAUUAGGUCUUGAUUUUCCCAACCUUCCCUAUUAUAUUGAUGGUGACAUUAAAUUGACACAGUCUAACGCUAUCAUACGUUAUAUUGCUGAUAAGCACAAUAUGUUGGGUGGCUGUCCAAAAGAACGUGCAGAAAUUUCUAUGCUUGAAGGAGCAGUCGUGGAUAUUAGAAUCGGUAUUACAGGAAUCGUAUACAAUAAGGAAUAUGAAACUCUCAAAAUUGGCUUUUUCGAAAAACUUCCAUCAAUGCUGAAAAUGUUUGAAGAUCGUUUGUCUGACAAAAUGUAUUUGAAUGGUGACAAAAUAACUCAUCCUGACUUCAUGUUAUUCGACACUCUUGAUGUGGUUUUAUAUAUGGAUCCCAAAUGCUUGGAUAAAUUUCCAAAACUAGUUAGUUUCAAACAGCGUAUAGAAAAUUUACCACAAAUCAAGAACUACAUGAAAUCUCGCAAGUUCAUACAAUCGCCAAUACUAGGUUGGACUGCCAUGGUCGGCGGUGUAGAUGCUGCUCACAAAUAAACCAACUCUAAUUCUUUUGGUGGACGUUUAUUAUCAUUCUUGCUCUAUGUUUGUUCUGAAUAAGAGUUAUUGAUAAAAUUUCUCUUUCAUUAAACGCAUUAUCUAAAACAGAGCACCGUAAUUCGUCUAGCAAACAUUCAUGAUGACUUCUGCUAUAUGUUUGUGCUUAAUAAAAAUUAUUGAUAAAACUUCA